ACUGCGACAAGCUACAAAAUCUUCAAGCGACGCUCUGAGCUGACAACGACGGCGCACAAAUUCAAAAAUAGUUUCACUGUCGAAUGAACAAAUAGAGAAGAAAGAAUUAAGUUUGCGACUGACAAAUUCACGGACGCGCGCAUGUUAAUUAAUAUUGGUCGGUCGCAAAGAGGUGCACCGCAAGUUAAACUUAAAUAAUAAGCCACCGCUUACCCGGAGUAAAUAUCCAGCAGCUGCAUUUCCAAAGUGGCGUGGCGGGCUAGGAGUUUAAAGUCAAUAAAACAGACUUGAAAACGUCAAGAUCAGAAAAAAACUUCAAUUAUAAACAUACAGCGCUGUCUAUUUUUUAUAGAAAUUUUAGGAAGUUAAGUGAUAAGCGGCUAAUUAAUUUUGUGGAACCGUGUUAAAUUAAUCUGCUGGUGUACGAGACUUCGUAAAACGCGAAGCGAAAAAAGAAACUUUGAGAUUUCGGAUCGGCCAAUAAGAGUAAAAGAGAGCGAAGAACAGUGCAAAGGAAAAGGAACAUUGCGCAAUGGCCACUUUCCAUAUUCAUCAAGAUGCCGAGAAGGAAAAUCCACAUAUGCCUGCAGCAUUAAAGGAGAAAACCUUGGCCACUGGCAGCAACAGAGUGAAUGCCUUACAGCCUUCUAUCCUCGGAGCAGCCGCUGGUCCUAUAAAAGGAAAGCAAGCUGAUGGUGCAGGCCGCAGCAACUUGGCUGUGCUAAACGCAAAUACAAACAACGGACAUGGACGCAACACAGCUGGAGGUAUGGCGGGUAGCAAAGUGGCGUUUCGAGAAGUUGGAAAUGCAAACACACACAAUGAGAAUACUGCAAUAUUCACUGCAGCGGCGGCAGCGGUCAAGAAAACCGUAGUGGAACAGUUUCAAUCAUUUUCUGUAUAUGAAGAUCAACCAGAUAUGGUCCAAAAAUAUUUUCAACCACAUUUUGUAGCCGCUGAUUCGUCCACUUCGACUUCGUAUACAUCCGCGAUUGCAUCUACAGAAAUCACACAGACAGAAAAGGAAAAUAUUUACACAGUCCAACAAAGCCGUCACAUUAAAAACGAUUUUAGUGAAUCCUCAAAAAAGGAAAAUAGUGUUAAUGAUGAAUGCGCUUUGGAUACCACACCGAUGUCCGUUUCCGAGGUGCUUUCACCGAUGUCGGUUGAUCGCUCUCAUAUUGGCAUUACUCAACAAUCCGAUUCGCAAUUGUUGGAUGAUGACAAUGACGACAAAAAAGUCGCUGAUUUAACCAUCGAAGAGGAAGAGCGGGAGCGGCGGCACCUCGUACCUCGUAAUGACCGUCAACGUUUCUUUGAAGUAGUGGAAUACCAAAGGAAUAUUUUGGAAUAUUUUCUCGAAAGUGAGAAGAAACAUCGUCCUAAACCACACUAUAUGCGUCGCCAGGCUGACAUUAAUCAUUCAAUGCGUACAAUUCUCGUUGAUUGGCUGGUAGAAGUGUCUGAGGAAUACAAUUUGGAUACAGAAACCCUAUACCUUUCCGUAUCGUACAUUGACCGCUUCCUUAGCCAAAUGUCAGUAGUACGCAGCAAAUUGCAAUUGGUUGGCACAGCAGCAAUGUAUAUAGCAUCAAAAUACGAGGAAAUUUACCCGCCAGACGUCGGCGAGUUCGUAUUCAUCACUGAUGACACCUACAACAAAGCACAAGUUUUGCGAAUGGAACAGAUUAUAUUAAAAAUUUUAGCUUUUGACUUGUGCACGCCAACGGCUUAUGUUUUUAUCAACACAUAUGCUGUAUUGCUGGACAUGACAGACAGGCUCAAAUACCUGACUCAAUACAUAUGCGAAUUAGCACUUUUGGAAGCUGACCCAUACUUGCGUUUCCUUCCAUCGUUAAUUUCCGCUGCAGCACUUGCACUGUCGAGACACCUGUUGGAUUAUGCGAUUUGGACUCGUGAAUUGGAAGAGGUAACAUCAUAUUCUCUAGAAGACCUGAAAGAAGUAUUUUUACACCUUUGUAAGACACACAACGCGGCCACAAAACUAGCGCAGCAGGCCAUUCAGGAAAAAUACAGAGCCGAUAAAUACAAGAAAGUAUCUACUAUCAAGCCUGCAGAACUCGAUGAGGCAGCCUUUGAGGCCCUGUUACGCAAACACAACGCUUUUGUUAGAUGUGAAGAAACGCAAGAAAAUUCCACAUCCGGUACAAAUAAUGAACACGUUCGGCGGGCGAUCUCUCUGAUGUUCAAUUGAUCCAAAUCAAUCCACUUUCGGAGUUUUUAAUAUUGUUUGAAAAACGCUUAAUAGUCCUUGUUCAUAUUUUCUGUUAUCCCUUCCAUUUUUAUUUGGAUACAGAGUAUAAAUAAUUUAUUUAAGCAACUGAUUUCGAGGUAUGAUAACGCAAAAAAAAAUAAAUAAAAGGGAACACAUAUACGAAAAAUUCUGCGGGAGCGUUUUUGAAAAUAUGUUCAGGCAGCGAUAGAAUAUAGACUUACCACAGUAAAAUAUAAAUAUGAUAUGCGUAUCAAAAAGUACUAUGUAACUAACCUUCUGAUUUUUGUUAUUUAAAUUUAUAAAAUAAACUUGUAAUAAAUACAUACGAUGAGCAUAUUUACAUUUAAUUAACAUAUUAAGAUAAACAACUUUAAAACGGUUGCUUAAAUAUAAUGAAAAUAUACUCUGUACGUAUCUGUUUGUAGUUUUAAAAAAUAAAAUCCUUUAUUUUAAUUUUUUUCCAACCAAACCCUCCCCGAAAUAUGUAAUGAAAUAGUUUUUGCAUACUUUGUAAUGGCUAGUUUCAUGGAGCAAUUUAAUUGAAAAAUGUUUUUGUUUUUUUUUUUAUUGGUUAAAUAAAAAUAAUAAUUUUCAAUUAAAUUGAAUCGGUAAGUUCGGCAACCGCACAAGCCCAAAAUCAGUUUUGCUGUUAAGAUCAUGGACAUGUACGGGUUUUCUCCUCAUUUUACGAUUGCAAUCAGCUGUGCUAUGCUAACGGCUAGGCAUCCGUACGUUGGUUGUAUGGCUUUUGAUUUUAACACAAAAAAAAAUUUAUUUGCGCUUGUACACUUGUCGAACUCACCCGUUCAAUAGCUUUCGUGAAACUGGCUAUGAAUGUAAGUUUUCGUUUAUUUUUUCCUAACAUCCUGUUUUCUUUCCUUCAUUGUUUGUGUGAUGUUUAUUAGCCACAAUUUUGAAACAAAAAGUCGGAUUAAUCUAAUUCUCUUUGGCUUUGCCUUUAACUUUAAAUCUGAUAUAGCAAUCGAACGACUUAAUAUUGUUCAUAAAACUAGUUUUUUACAUACAUAUGUCAAAAACGGGUUGUUUGC